AUGGCGCCCAAGGCGACGAAGGCGAAGGCGGCCUCCAAGGCGGCCUCGGCCAAGGCGGCCCCUGCGGCCGCCAAGGCCAAGGCCAAGGCCAAGGAGGGGCCCCGCUCGCCCGCUGCGGGCUCCGCCGCCGCCGCGGUGCGGCAGUCUCGGUCGGGUGCUGCCGUGGCGGAUGACGACCCGAAGGUGGCGAAAGCGGAGCGAAUGCUGCGUCUUUGCCUCGAGGAGACCGAGAUCGCAAGAGUCGACGGCCGUGUCCUCGACAUCGCCGUCAGCGAGGCGCGGGUGACGGACGGUGUUGAUGGGAAGCUGGUGGCGCUCGCGGAGGCGCGGUUGGAGGAGGUCCGUGCCUUCGAGGCAGAGCUCAAGAAGGCGGCCGAUGAGUUGCGAACGAGGAAGGACGCGGCCAUCGAGCAGCACAACGCAGAAAAUGAGGCUUUUGCGGACGCGUACGAGGCGCGGCAGCAGCUAAAGAAGGAGAUUGAGGCGUUGUUUGAUGCAGUGGGCGAUGGAGAUCUGGGCAAGAGCCACUCGCACCCGAAUGCACGGAACAAGCAGGGCAGGACACCCUUAUGGCGUGCCGCAUACAACGGUCAUGAAGAAGUGGUUCAGCUGCUCCUGGAGCAUGGUGGGGACCCUGCGAUGGAAAGCAACGACGGUGAGCCGCCAGGUAAGCAUGGUACUGCCGCGACAAAAGCACUCAUCAACGGCUGCGACAAGGAUACAGCGGCCAAGCAGCGCGAGAAGCUUUCAGAACUGCAGCGGCUUGAGCACCCAUGGCCCAGAUUGUUGUUGAAUGCCUGCUCAGCUGGCGAUCUGAAUGCGGCCAACAAGAUCAUAGGCGCCAUCUCAACAGGAAGAGCAGAUGGAAGUUCCGCUGCGGCACUACUGCGAUCGGUCUUGGAGUUCGAGGACAUGGUUGAUGCAAUGUGGAUGGCAUGCACAAAGGGGCACCUCGAAGUCUGUAAAGCGCUCAUGGAAGCUGGCGCCGAUGUGGACAGCUCAAGCAAAACCGGCUUGACUUGUCUUAUGAUUGCGUGUAGGAAAGGUCACACAGAUAUUCUCAAGGAGUUGCUCGCCCGAAGCGCCAAAACGUACCUCCGUUCUGCGCAGGGUCGUCUUGCCUCGGACUACGCACGAGAGUAUGGAGAUGGCCAUGCGCUCCACGAUCUUGUAGUGGCCCACUGUAGAAGGCACGAGGAUUGGUCAACGCUGGAAGAGGAGGCUCGGCAGUCAAGCGGGAAUAAGGCUUCUGGCGCUGAGGCAGUGGAGGAUGUCAUUGAGCGUCGGCGGAAUGUUGGCGCCUCGGAUGCGGCAACAUCGGCGCUGAGGGCCCUGCCAGUGGAGGAGCUCAGGGAGGGCAGCGAUCGCUACAAGGAUCUGCUCGAGCAGCGGGCACUCGCAGAUGUGCUGGGAUACGGCUGA